AUGGGACGUGGAAAACUACCAAUGGAACUCAUUAAGAGUGAGAAAUCUCGUAACAUGACUUUUCAAAAGAGAAAGAAGGGUCUAAUGAAGAAGGCUUAUGAGUUCUCCACCCUCUGUGGAGUUCAAACUUGUAUGAUUAUCUAUGGUCCUAAAUUUCAAGAACGGCCAAUGGAGCUUGAGACUUGGCCCCAAAAUCAUGACGAAGUUGUCGAAAGGAUCAAAAGGUACAAUGAAAAUUUAGUGCAUAAACGUCCUAGGGGAAGCACUACUUUGUCCGAUUUUUUCAUAGAGAGGAACAAGAAGGUUGAAAUUGAGAUUUUAAGUCUACGCAAGAACAUUUUCAAGGCCAAGUACCCAACAUGUGAUGACCGCAUUGAAACAUUGCCUGAGGAUCAACUAGCUGUUGCUCUUGAUGUUUUGGAUGCAAAGUUUGAAGCUGUGACAAAGGCGAUGAAAAUGUUGCAAGGAAAGCACCUUAUGAUUGAGAAAUCAUCAACAUCAGGGAAUAUGUUAGGUGGUCAUGUUCCUCAUCACCCUGAAUUAAUGAGAAACCAUUAUGAUAGUCUGCAAAUGCAAGCUUUACAGUGUCAAGACUCUUCAAUAAAGCCACUUGAUAUUCAGUUUCCAACUCAGUUCCAAAGUCCCCAAGGAUCUCAAAUGUUACCAAUUAAUACGAGUUAUUAUGGUGAUCAUAUGGACAAUUCUUUCAUGAAUCUUUUGUAUGCUGCUGAAUGGACUCAGUUCAAUACAGUUUCUUCUAAUAAUAUUGUUCCAUAUGCUCCACUGAAUGAUACGUCUAAUUACAAUAUCAUGCCUGGGAUGUUGGAGAACACAGUCUUGAACAAUCCUAGUGCCUCCAUGAAUUACUAUGACCUAACCAAACGAUUCAGUAUUCCACAACAUGUGCCAUAUCCGAUGCUGCCAAGUAUUUCAUCUCAAACACCUAGCUUUCAAGUGAAUGAGUUAUAUGAUAUCAGCCAGUUUGAUAUGAAGAACAAGAAUGCCAUGAUUUAGAUUUGCUAAUCUCGAAGGUUAGGACUCUAGACUAGUUAGUUUAACUUUGGCUUUUAUGUACUUUGUUGUUAACCUUGGUUCUUAUUUUAAGUCCUUGUUAAGGAUUUGAAUUUAUCGUU